AUGGCCCAAGCUAUGGAUGCCCACUCGAGCUUCGUCUAUCUUGUUGACAAUCUUCCUACCUGGCGAGCCUGCAUUCACUCAUUGUCUGUCCACGCUACUGAAAAACAUGCCGAGUUCGCUGCAGAGUAUUCUCGGCUAGUGAACCAAGCCAGGCCGAAACGAAGGAAGACUCCCUCGAUUUCCUCGAUCCAUACUCAAGACCAGGAACAAGGCGAUGACCACGACCACAUGGUCCAGAGUGCUGAUGGCUUGUCUUCGCCUGAAACCAGGCAUAUCAAUCCUCUGGAGGCCGGGAACAGAUAUCUGUACGCAGAGGUACGGAGGAAAAGAAAGCCAGGCCCUUCCAUCCGCUCCGGUGCUUCUGGGCCCCAGAAGUUUAGGAAUAAACAUCACAUUGUCGUCUAUUACGAUGGAUAUCUACAAGAACAGCUCGACACUAUGGUGAAGCAGAUCGGAAUUGGUCGGAAUAACCUGCGGAAAGGCAAGACUGCUCUUGCGGCCGCCAGAGGAUUUCGACUUCCCACGUUAACUGCUCGCAGCAGCCAUGGUAUCUCCAUGCUGGACGACAUCAGAAGUUCUAUGAUAUCUCGAAGUACCUCCACCUUACUGGCAGGCAAAACCCGGGCUCCUCUUCAGAAUCCGUCCGCCUCCAACGAAGAAGUGAGCUUUCUUCGGGUGGACAAAGAGCUAGAGCAGAUCCAAACACUGUGUGAGACGGCCGCUCACCAAUUCCUCCGAGACGGUGACUGCAAGACUGAACUUGAGUCUAUGCUGCAGAAGUUCGACGCGCUCCUUGUCCAGGCUAGUGCGACUGCAGAGACUCUGAAGAAAGUUCAAGAGGAGAGCCAAGAAGCUUCCCAAGCCGAUGACUUUGGCUCAGACUUCAAUCAUGGAUGCGGUGAUUCGGACGGCACUCUAUCAACUAAACCUUCACUAGAUCGCCUACCUACACCCAAAAUUGGUGCCACAAGAGAUUCGAGUCCACUUGCGCUUGGCCAGUCUUUGGAGGGUAUGAAACCACAUGGGUUUUACGGUGCACCUGGUAUUCCAUCUGAUGACCAUCCAGCCGGUCUGGCAAGCGACACUAUUGAGGUUGACGAUGCUAGUGACCAAGGUUCCAUCGUGGUUGACAUUUCUCAGUAUCGUCUUACAAACCCCCGACGAGUGAGGCUCUGA